AUGAUAUCAAAAGAUAAUUACACAUGUCCAAUUUGUUUAGGUAUUUUUGUAGAUCCUUGCAAAUUACCAUGUAACCACACUUUUUGUUUACCUUGCCUACUUGAAUUAGUUGAUUUCAAUUUUAUUCAAUAUAAGUGUCCAAUGUGUCGAAAUGAAUUUAUGAAUAAUAAUGGUCCUUUUAAAAUUGAUUAAGAAAUUUAAACCUUUAUUUAAACUCAUUUCAAAGAAGAAUUUGAAAAAAGAUAAUAGGAAAUUAUGAUAAGUUAAAAGGAAAAAUAAAAAGAAAUGAAAAUAAGAGUCAAUUAUGGCAAUACUUAUGAUUAUAUUGAAGAAGAAAAAAAUAAUAAACACUUAUGGUCAGUUUAUGUAACCCUGGAUUAUAUUAAUUAAUAUGAUUAAACUACUUUAAACUAAAUAAAAUUAAUAGAUUUAAUUGACAGCGUUACAUUUUAUUUGGAUGAAACAUUUUAUCCAGAUUUUGUUGUUGUUAGACAUCCACCAUUUAAAAUUACACGAAAAGGUUGGGAUGUUUUUAGUAUACCAAUAGAAAUCACUUUUAAAAAAUAAUAUGAACUUAAUCCUAUUAAGUUAGAACAUCAUCUUGUUUUUCAAUAAAAUGGGAUUCUUAAAUGUUAAAUAAGCAAAAUUAAUGCAGAAAAUAUUAAAAAAUAAUUAGAUUUUUAAAAUCAAUAAAAAUAGAAUGCAGUAUAAAAUAAAAAAGUUUGGAAAAUAUGA